UGCCGAAGGAAGGAAAGUUUCCUCGGUGCUCGAUUUGUGACGUCUGUCGGCCGGGCGGCUCGGGCUCGCCCUGCCUCAGGUGGUCAGGCUGGCGAAUCGAACACCGAGCAGAGUUCACCAUCUAUCCGCUAGGAGGCGGGCGCUGUUUGGUGACGUGCGCAGAGCGCGACGACGAGCGUGAGGGACCGGAGGAAGGCUGAUGGCACCGGCAGGGAAUACGAGGCGUCGGGCUGCCCCAAAGAGAAACACCGCGGCGGCCCAGGGUCCUCGCCGAAAGCGGCAGUGGCGGCCGGACCCACAGCAGAGCUUUCUGGGGAAUGUUCGGGAGGGGCAAGGAUUUGCAUUUUGGAGAAAGCAAAAGAUCCAACGGGAAUACAAGAAAUUACUAAAAAAGGAGGGAAAGGCACAUCCUCAAUGGAAAGUUCAAUAUACAGAUUCUUACCCAGAGCACUUGAAGCAUCUCUAUUUAGCAGAGGAGGAAAUGCUUGAGAAACAAUCAAAAUCUAAAAGAACUGUAGUUUUGUUAGAACAAAAAUGCAGCACAACAGUAAAGUCACAUACGACUCAAAAGAAGUUUAAAAAGAAAACUUCGAAUCAAAAAGCAAAAGAAGAAUAUGAGAAAAUAAAGGCUGAACGCGCCAAGAAGAAAGAGGCAGCAGAGAAAAGGAAACGAGAAAGAGAAGAAGCUCAAAGGCUCUACAAGCAAAAGAAAAUGGAAACUUAUAAAAUAUUAAGUAAAAGGACCAAAAAAGGACAGCCAAAUCUAAAUUUACAAAUAGAAUUUCUCCUUCAGAAAAUACAACAAAAAACAUAGACCAGAUUAUCUUCUCUUUUCAGUGAAUUAAAUCAAUCUACUAAAUACAUGUAAUGACUGGAACUUUUUAUUGUAGGUGAUUAUUUUUUUAUGAGAAUAUAUGGCAACUGUUUUUGUUUGUUCUGAUUAUUGGUCCAGGAUUGUGCUGGAGAAAGUCAUUGGUCCUGAAAACAUUUGUACUGGUCUGAAAAUAAUAUUUCUAGCUCAAGCAGAUUGUGGGAUAUUGAACCUUUACAGUAAAUGUUCUAAUUAGCACCUUGGUUUAUUCUUCAGUUCUAUACUUGAUUUUUACCAGCCAAUAUCCCAAAUUGCUAGUUUGAGACUUUUUACGUUUUUGAGAGCUGGGAUUCCAUGCUGCUUUUCAGAUGGCAUAAAGCAUUUGUUUUCAGCUCUAGCAGUUCUUGUGUUGUUGGCUGCUGAAAUCAUGUCUGUUGAAUAGAGAGAAACAGGAUGGUAAACUAUGUGAACGUGAUGUCUAAUGAACUUGCCAAGCAGUUUGGGAUCUGCUGAUGGAAACAUGCUGUGUAAGAGCUAGGUAUUGUAUUAAUUAUGUUUAAUUCUGUGGCCAAUUCUAAGAUACCAGUGGAUUUUUAAAUAAAUAAAUCUUUGACCUCAUCAAUGGAAGUAAGACAUUUUGACUACUGCUUGAGAAGUGAAGACAGUCUCAUUUGCAUCACUGCAUUAGAACACUUCCCUUGCCCCUAUUAGGAUAAGAUUUUCCAGAGAUUAGUAUGCUCUCAUCUAGGUUUUUUCAGUUGCACAGAUAAUGUGUUUUGGUCAUUCCACAUGUUAGCUAAAUAUCUUUGCAUAUCUUGUUUAUGGCUCUUCUUCUUGUAACGGAUCGUCCAUAAAUACAUUUGAACUCUAUUUACAUCUGUUUAACAUUUUUCCGUGCUAUCACUUUAAAUCUAAUAGUAAUGGUUCCUUCUACUGAGAAUUUUUUCCUCUCUUGAAAACAUUCAGGCAAAUCUUGUAAAUAUUACGGGCUUGUUUUUAAGUUGGGCGAUGGUGAUGUUUACUAAUGCUAAUGAUAUUUAGCUCUGGGUGUAGCUAUAAAAAUGUUAAUUUUUGUACACUUGCCUGCAGCCAUGGCAGCAGUUAAAAUUUUUUUCAGAACAGUAUGUUCCCAUGUUUCUAUCUUCCAUAGCAUUCAGAAAAUCAUUUUUAAGGUUGUAAUUUUAAAUAGCAACAAGCAUAGUAUGGUCAAUAUAAUGUGGUGCAAUACAAAAAUGAAGAACCUCACUUCACAAGGGUUUAUUACAAAAGUGGUAAAUGUUUAUAAAACUUUUAACUUAUUCCUCCAUAUAUUAAAAUGCCAUGUUUUGAAGUUUGAACAAAAAGGUGCAUUUGAGGUGUAAUUGGUCCCCUUUAAGAACUGUGAGGCAUUAAUUCAUAUCAAGUUGAAAAAAAUUCAUCUCAUAGUUUAAUUUGCAAUAUAUUUUGUGGUAUAAACCACAUUUGUUUAAAAAGGUAUGAAGUUAUUUCUUUGAUCUUUGAGUAUUGCUUUAUAAGUUAGAUUUAUUUUUUUUUUUUUUAAGGGGAUGGGGUGCUUUGAGAGUAUUACUGAAAGGAAACUACCCUCUUAGAUUUUCAUGUGGAAAUUCAGUCCUGUCAGAAUUCUCUCUCCCUGCUUUGACAGCCAAUAAAUAAUGUCGGAUGAGUCUCUACAUCUGAUAAAGAUUAUUCAGACACAAAGGGGAGGAGGGUCUGUUCAUCCAGACACUUGGAUGAAUCUUCAAAUUUGAUCAGUUGUCAAAGCAAAGGCUGCAAAAAUAACUAAGCUGUAGACUCUCUAGAGGGUCCCCUUCUGCACAUCCAUAUACAUAAUUAGCAGUGAGGGAACUUGGAAUUUCUCAUUGAUACCAUUCCAUAUAAGGACGAAUUGAAUGUAAUGGAAAGACUUCUUCAGGCCAUACGCCGUAAGAAGAACCAUCAGAUCUGCAGAUCAAAUUCUAGAGAAAUAUUUAUGCUAUUAACAAUGUAUUGUUAUGAGAUGUUUAGUAUCUUCUGAAAUAAAAGAAUCCUCUUGC